AUGGGAGAACAGAAUAGUGCCCGAGAGCGAGGGCCGGGUCGCCCCGAGAUCCCUCCCGCCGAGGCCAGAAGCCCAGCCCACCAGUGCCCGCGCGGGUCCCCUGGGGGGGAUGCCAGAGCCCCGCCCGCUGCAGCCUUCCCCAGCACCGCAGGACCGGGUGGAUGGCAGGACGGACCGCCUCUUGGGAAGAGCUCCGCGGCGGCGGCGGCUGGGGGCCCCCAGACGCCCCGGGAUUCCGCCCCGCCACGCCGAGGCCCUGGCCCCGGAUGGGCGCCCGCUCCCUCCACCCUCACACUGCCUCCCCUCUGGGCCUCGGAGGGCCCGGACCCCGGAGGGCCCGGACCCCGGAGCCUCUCCCCCGUUCUCUUUGCUGAGAGCCCCAGCGGGGCCCGUCUGCCCUCCUUGGGGUCCCGGCCCCACUCCCCGGACCUGCGCGACUCGCUCACCCCGCUCCCGCCGCGGACGCGCGUGCGAGGAGAUUCGACUCAUCCACGGCCCUCCCGAGGGGGGCUCGGCCAGCCGCGGCCCCCGCCCCCACUCCGAAUAAACUGGGCUCGCCUAACCAGUUUUGGGAAUGACUGCGCAUGGUGUGGUUUUGGAGUUGGCCACGUCUGCACUGAAGCCCACGGAUCUCACAGUUGCUGGGACUGGGAGGGGAAGAGCCAUCUUGCUGAUGGUUCCAGAACAAUCUACGGGAGCAGGAAUUUCCUAAAUCACCUUUGCACAUCCCUUACUCCUCCUUCUCAGAAGUGGUCAUUGCUUUAUUCCUGUUGGGGUUCCAAUGGGUUCAAAAGUCUAAGGAAGACAUUUUUUGAGAAAGGGAUUUAAAGACGACAUCGACCAAAUCCAGGAUCUGCGACAGAAUCCAAGAAUCUCUAAAAUCAAGUUAGCUCUGGUGGAAUCCCAGCCUCUUCUGGAAAUUUUCGUGUUUUGAUUCUGGGAGCAUUCUGCUUAUUUCCCCUAGGAUUUAGCAUUUUGUCGUGUUUUCAGCUAGCUGAGUCACGAUGAAAGGACUCAGAGGAUUAGUUUUAUUCCCAAGUGGGCCAGGAUGUGACAGGCGAGCAUCCCAGCCCUGGGGUCAGUGGGCUGAUAGCACAAAAGACUCCAUGAGGAAAACUGAAAUUCAACUUUCCCAUCAGAAAACUUUCUCACAUUAUAAGUGAUAUCUAUCUAUCUAUCUAUCUAUCUAUCUAUCUAUCUAUCUAUCUAUCUAUCUAAUAAAUAUAUAUAUGUAUAUAUAUAGUGUGUAUGUGUAUGUGGUAUCAGUCAGGAUUCUUGUCAAGGAAGCAGAACCAUAAUAAGAAUUAUGAAUUAAGGAAUUUGUGUUGUAAUUAAACCUACACAAAGGUGGGAGGAGCUUGGGAAUUACAGGUCCAGGAAGGGCAGUUGGAAAAUCAGAGAAAAAUCUUUCCCCAGGCCCCCUGGGGCACUGGACGGGGAGGACUCAGCAGAGCUUACAGGAGAAUUGGGGAAGCCAAUUGGGGAAGCUGUCAUGCCGGCUGCUGGAGUGGGGUUGCAAGGAGGAGGUGGAGAGACUGGAAGGCUGUUGUCUCCCAUGGCUACUGCUUCUGAGACUGUAGCCCAGCAUGGGGGUCGGGUGGGGGGACCAAUAUGUGGCAGGGGCCUCGAACUGUUAUUGGUCAGAGUUGGGAAGUAGAGCUGGAAGGUGAGUAGGGGAGUUCCGACAACAUGGAACCUGCCAACACCUUUCGGUCGGUCUUUGUCACUGUAUCUGACCAUGAUGGCUUUCAGAGGUCAAAGGCUGCUGAUUCACCCCUUCCUUCUGCAUCCACUGCCUGCUUCUCUUUCAGGCAACUCUAACCCAGAGCCGUACAGAGAGGAGCAGUCUGGGAAGCAGCCCCGGUGUAGCCAGCUUGACACGACACAGAACUGCUGUACAUAGAUGUGUGUGUUUAAUCACAAAAUUUACACAUGUAUCUGCACUUGCUGAAACAAAUUUAAAUAAAAUCAUAUGACAUAAAAUAAAAGUUUGUACUAAUCUA